AUGGGUGACCCCGCUGCAUCCAAAGGCCUCAUCGGACCCCUCAUCCACCGCUGUCAAAAGUGCAAGGCGGGGGAAGCAAGAGAGAAGUUUCUACGAUGCCGCUACUGUCGAGCAGUGCGUUAUUGCAGCAUUGAGCACCUGAGAGCCGACCGUUCUAGCCACAAGUCCGCCUGCAAGGGCAUCAGUAAGGCUCGCGUCAAGCUGGCAAAGGAGGACAGACUUGUCCGCAGCCUCCCGGCGGAUGGUGACAUGCCAGCGAAUGUCUUCGAGACAGGCGUGGGCAAGUUCUGGCAUUUCCAACCCACACGGGACUACCUGAGGACCCGAUACAUCUUGGUGGAGAGACUUCAUACGCUGGGCACGCUGGACAGCUACGCCCAGGCCCUCAAGCACAUGCACGACAUGAUGAGGCUGGAUCGUGCCGACCAUUUGGAUGUCCAGGAUAUUGCCCCCUACGUCAUGCUGUCCUUGGACCUCGACCAGGAAAGCUGUGACUUCAUCAAGGGGUGGGGAAUCCAGGGCCGGAAGAUUGUCAAAGGGACCGAUAUAUUCGAGAGCGCAGACUCAAUCCUCGGCGUCAACAAUCUGUAUAAUCCUAAGGCGUCUUCUUUGCUGCUAAGACUGAAACUUCUGGUUGAUGUCAUCAAUGUGAUGAAUGCCCGAAAGGUCCUCCCUCUGACUCCUCUCCCCGUUGAAAUUCAGAUCAUUAUAGAGAAGAAUAUGGUCCGGAGCCCACUCUCGGCACACCUGCACAAGGAAUCCACCCAGGCCCUCGUGGAGAGACGGGGGAAAUUAGUGCGCGGGAUCCUCGAAUUCAGUCAGAGGCUUGCAGAUGAUCACAACGAAAGCUUCAUGUUCGAGUUCUUUCAUGUGGCUUUAAGCGUCGAACCCCGGCGGCGUCCCGGUCUUUCAUACGGGGAGAGAGAGGCCGUUAUGGCACGGCGUUCUUAUCCCGCGUGGCGGGGAACUGAAGGCGUCCUUCAGCUGCUGGACAAUGCGGGAGCUUGCGCGAUGAAGACCCCGGUGAUGAAUCUUAAAGGCAUGUUGUACUCGUACAGGGACAAAUUGGGGCAGCGCUAUUCUCGCAGUGCUGCGGAGCAGCUCAAAUACGAAAUAUUGGAAGUCAUAUGGGACUAUCUUCCAUGGGCUGUCGAGGAUGCCACGUACCUGGGACCGCCCGCUGAGCGACCUUCGGAGCGGUACAGAAAGCUUGAAAAUGAGCGCGUGUUCAAGAACAUGGAGGGGAUGAUGUUCCAGAAUGAACAUCUGAAAGACGCAAUGCGAGGGCUCGCCUCAGGCAACGGGGUCUGUGAAUAG